CCAGAGAGCUAGCGUCUGCACAGCAGUAAUGUUAACAUUUGGUUUAACAAUAGUCAGACAUGGCGAAACCCAGUACAAUAAGGACAAGCUACUACAAGGCCAGGGCAUAGACUCUCCCCUGUCAGAAAUCGGUAUACAGCAGGCAGAGGCUGCAGGAAGAUACCUCCAGAACCUGAAAUUCACCAACGUGUUCGCUAGCAACAUGCGGCGAGCCCGGCAGACGGCUGACAUCAUUGUGAAAAACAACCUGCACUGCUCAGGUAUCGAAGUUGUCACUGACCCGCUGCUGAAGGAGAGGAGUUUUGGGAUCGCGGAAGGAGGACCUGUGCAGGACAUGAAGAACAUGGCCAAAGCAGCCGGCCAGUCCUGUCCAGACUUCACCCCUCCGCAAGGAGAGACACCUGAGCAGGUGAAGACACGAAUUAGAGAGUUCCUGAAGUCCAUGUUCCAGCGCAUGGUGGAGGAUCACUGCAGAGACGGGCCGCAGAAGUCUGCCGAGGGGAACGGGCCGGUACCGGCAUCGCACGCGGAAGGACCCAUCGCCGGUCGCCCUGACGACGGUGUCCACGAUGUUCCCGUGCACGCCCUGGUGGUCGGCCACGGGGCGUACAUGCGUGUGGCCGUGCGUUACCUUGUGGAGGAGCUGCGGUGCUCUGUGCCCCCCGAGCUGAAGAUGACGCACGUGUUCUCCGCCUGUCCCAACACUGGCAUGUGCCGCUUCGUCCUCACCCUGGGGCGCGGGGAGGCCGGACUCACGCCCACCGCCGUGCGCUGCGUCUUCAUCAACCGCAGGGACCACCUGAAGCCCGGCAAAGACGAGGAGUGCGCGUGA